UGGUUGUCAUGUAGUGAUUGUUGAUGUCCUAUCAAAAGUCAACUAUCUGCUGCGUCUCAGUACAUCAAUAACCGUACGGAAUAAUGAAAUAACGCAAAGCUCACUAUGCAGUUCCUGGGCCGUAUAUUGGACACGGUGAGCUCCGUGUCGAACCUGUUCUCCAACCCGUACCGUGUGAGGGAUGUGCAGCUGGCGGAAUAUAAUGGGAAAGUGCUAUUGAGACAGGAGGGGCGGCUGGUCCUGUACAGGAACCAACAGAGCCAGUCGUGGGACUGCCUGCUUCUCUGCCCUGAGUCUUCCUCUGUGGCCCUCAGGUUGUUCCAGGUGUCUUCUGAGGCAGAUGCCAUGAAUUGGUUUCCUCAGUACAGCCUCAAACUCCGCCCGUUUUAUGAGAUGCUCCGCCCACCUUUGAAACCCGAGAUGCUCCAGCCAAUCGUGGACUGUGUGCGGAAUCACCCCGACUACAGCUCAGCUCACGUCGCUGUGGAUAUCGGACUGAGAGAGUGUCUCAAGCACAAUUACAUUUUGAGCCAGAUGAACGCCCGUGACGCUCAGGGUCAGACGCCGCUUCACCUGGCCUGCGAGAGAGGAGACGUGGGCUGUGUGCGCGAGCUCCUGGAGGAGUGUCAGGCUCGCACGGACAUCAAGGACAAGAACGGGGAGACGCCCAUGCACUGCGCCGCUAAGCAAGACUCCGCCCUUAUUAUAGAGGUGUUGUGUGCACAACUGUGCGCGGGUGUGAACGAGCUGAACGCCUCCGGGGAAACGCCGAUGCACAUCGCGUGCCGCCUCGGGAGGGUGGAGGUGGUCAAGGGUCUGCUUGGGGGCGGAGCCCGCUGUGACAUCAUGGGAAGUAGUGGCUAUCCAAUCCACGCUGCCAUGAAGUUUAGCGAGAAGAGUUGUGCCGAAGCAAUUUUAUCGUCUAAUCCCAAUCAACUUCUAGCAGAGGAUCCGGUUUAUGGUGGAACGCCUCUCCACUGGGUGAAGACUGCCGAGAUGAGCCGUGUACUGCUGGACCGAGGAUGUAACGUCAACUACCUGAGUAAGACCGGAGAGAGUCCGUUACACAUCCUGACCAAGAGGGGGCGCUUUGAGGCCGCAAUGACUCUGCUGACACAUGGAGCCGACCCCAACAUUAAGGGCCAGGACGGAAACACAGCACUGCACCUCGCCAUGAAGUUGGACCACAUGGACUUGAUCAAAGCUCUCAUGGUGUUUGGAGCAGAUGUGGAGGUUCACAAUGACGUGGGAGAGACGCCAGGACUCAUCGCAGCGCGUACCAGCAAGGGGCCCAACCGUAAGGUGCUCUUGAACAUGCUGUGUAGUGUAGGGGCCGAACGGUGUCACCCCCCAUCCCUCGACAGCCCUAUCCCCAGCAUCAACAAAGCUCCGCCUCCUGGCAUAGGGUUUGAUGACAUCAUGUAUGUGGCCACAGCUGUCACGGCCAUGACUCGUGGAUUUGUAGAGGUUGAUGGGCUCAAAACAGGAGGCAAGAAAAUGGACAGAUUGUUGUGUCUUGAUGGUGGAGGAAUUAAAGGCCUGGUUCUGAUCCAGAUGUUAAUCUCUCUGGAGAAAGAGGCAGGACGUCCCAUUAGGGAACUCUUUGACUGGGUGUCUGGGACUAGCACCGGUGGCAUACUGGCUCUAGCUAUUGUACACGGUAAAUCGAUGGAGUAUCUUCGCUGUCUGUACUUCAGGAUGAAGGAACAGGUGUUUAAAGGUUCUCGACCGUAUGAGUCUGGUCCUCUGGAGGAAUUUCUGAAGAACGAGUUUGGAGAAAAUACCAAGAUGACGGACGUCACACACCCCAGAGUAAUGGUAACUAGCGUUCUUGCAGACAGACACCCUGGAGAACUGCAUCUGUUUCGUAAUUACGACCCACCGGUCCUUCAAAGAGACCCUCCGUACACAUCUACUGCCACAUUUCAACCCCUCACUGUGCCACAGGGGUGGGAGGACGAAGAUCUUUUGGUUGUAGGAUAUACUCGACCUCCUAGAAAGCGUAGGAAGGUGACGGAUGAAGAGCAAUUAGUUUGGCGCGCUGCCCGCUCCAGUGGAGCAGCUCCCACUUAUUUUCGACCAAUGGGGCGUUUUCUGGAUGGAGGGCUGCUGGCCAACAACCCAACGCUAGAUGCCAUGACAGAAAUACACCAAUACAACAAAGCCCUGAAGGCACAGGGGUGCGAGGAAGACGUGAGCAGGUUAGGGGUGGUCCUGUCGUUGGGGACGGGUAAACCUCCUCAGGUGGCGGUCAACUCUGUGGACGUGUUUAGGCCUUCAAACCCGCUGGAACUGGCCAAGACCUUCGUUGGCGCCAAAGAACUGGGCAAGAUGCUCGUGGACUGCUGUACGGACUCAGACGGCUGUGCAGUGGACCGAGCUCGAGCGUGGUGUGAGAUGGCCGAUAUUAACUACCACAGGCUGAGUCCUCAGCUGUCUCAGGAGGUGAUGCUGGACGAGGUCAGUGACGCUGUGUUGGUCGACAUGCUGUGGGAGACUCAGAUGUACCUGUAUGAGCACAGAGAGGUCAUACGAACACUCUGCCAGCAACUCCUGCAGCUCUGACACUCAUUCUUCCUAUACGGAGAAGGAUUCUGCUUCCAUUAGCGUGUGUAUGUUGUUGUGACAUGUUCAAUUAACUUAAAGGAAGAAUAUUUAUAAAGAUAAAUAAUUAUAACAUACUUUCCCCAUAUGUUUUGUAUGUGUCAUAAAUACCAAAUUGGACCAAGGUUAAUAUAACAAAAUACAUGAAGGUUACCACUUCAGUCCAAUAUUUGAACUAUAGAUAUUUAUGAACGAGAUAUUUUUAUAUUGCAUUAUAUUUUAUGUAUGCUAAAUCUACAUGUGACAU